AUGAACGAGUCGCUGGAUGAGACGUCGUUGACGUUUACGCAUUGGGCCGGCGAGGUCAAGUACACAUUCUGCGGCGAAGAGAUCACGCUGGUGCAAGACCCGACCUCGCACGUCCUGGGCAGCACCGUGUGGGACAGCGCCAAAUGUGUGAUGAAGUACAUCGAGGUGCAUCGGCCGCGGUUCGACGCCAUAUUGGAACGCCAGCGGCCGUCGCGCAAGUCCAAGAAGGCCCAGCCUACCUCCACCACCUCCUCCUUAUCACCUGCAUCUGCCACUGUGUGUGAGCUAGGCGCAGGCCUGGGUCUUGCUGGCAUUGCGUUCGCCAAAGUUGGCUUUUGCGUGGUGCUUACCGACGUAGCACCUGUGAUGCCUUGGCUUCGGGCCAACAUCCAGGCCAACUGCACACCGACCCAGCUGGAGACAAAUGUGUUUGCACACGAGUACGGCUGGGGCACUUCGCCAACGUCGUUGCAGCGCGUCGUCAUGUCUCCGUACGACAUUGUGCUGUGCGCCGAUGUGAUUUACGAAGCGGCUUGCGUGAAACCACUGGUUCAGUCCAUCUUGGCGAUCUCGAAUCGAAAGACGCUGGUGCUGUUUGCGAACGAACGACGCACGCCCAUCGUCCACGCCGAGUUCAUGCGAUACCUCAACGAAUACUUUGUAUGGACAGCCAUUCCACAGUCCCAGUGGCACCCCGAGUACGCCAAAGACACUUUGGAAAUGUACGAAGCCAGGCGGAAACACACCAAAACGCCACUUGACAUGGUCAUACCCGACGACCCGUCCCUUGCCCCGCCUCAAGACGGCCUUUCACACUCGGACGACACAUAGCCCUGCUAAUAUAUUAGGGCUCAUCCGUUCAAGCAUCCAUGGGAGCUAAAAAGUCGAAGAGAUGCCGAAUAUCCAUAUAUAUAUAUCCUGCAGGGUUCAAGGAAGAAUACUUGGAGGACAGUCGAAAUGUGUGUCUGGUGCUGGUAAAGAU